AGCAGUGUUAGAAACAAAAGAAAUGGCAGAACACGAAAACAACUUGGAAAAUCGAAAUUGUAGAGAGAGAAUAUCCCGCAGAAAAAUUGUAAUUGCAAAUUUCAUAUGUUAUGAACAAUCCCAAAUCUCAGGUCUCAGGCUAUCCAUACUCCUCAAGCUCACAACUUUCUGAGCUUCCUGACAUCAAGAAAUGGUUUUCAAGCUACACUUAUAAUUCUCCUGUAUUAGACACAAAUGAAGAUUUCUGUUUUACUCUUGGGGUUGAUGAUGAAGAGAGGAGAUUGUAUGUUGAAGACACUGAGAUUGAGAAAGAGGGAAAGUGUGAAGAUUUAACAAAGAUUAAUCGAUUCGUCAUUCGAAAAUCCAUUGAGAAAGCUAGGAAGGAUGAUUUUUCAUCUAUUCUUGCAGCUGUUGAGGUUCCAGCCAAUCCAGACUCACUCUCACUUCCAUCUGAGCCUCCUGACAUCACGAAAUGGUUCUCGAGUUAUGUAUACAAUUCUCCAGAUAUAGAUAGUGCUGAUUUUGAUAUUUCACUUUCAAGUGGCUAUAAUUUUGGUAAUAAGGAAGAGGUUGACAAAGGAAGAGAAGAUCAUUUGAAAGAGUUGCCUGUGAAGAAAGUCAAAGAUGAAGUACUCCGCUGCACAGGGACAAUCUCAAGGGCUUGUGGCAUUGAGAACAACAAAAACCCUCCUACUUCCCAGGAAGAUGGUACAGAAAGAAGCAACUUAUUAUCUUCUAAGAACAGUUUGUGUCCUGAAAGAAUUUCAUAUCAGAGAACUGUCAGAGCAGAACCGAAUAUCUCCAGUACCAUCCUAGAUAAGUCUGCUGUAUGUCCAACCAUUAAAGCCGAAGAUCUUAUGCCAAUAGUGAAAGAGGAGCAGCAAAAGGGCUGUGUAUACAAUUUAGGAUACACUGAAACUAAUGAAGACCUGAGGAAACAGAAAUCUACGGCUGCUGGAAAUGAUUCUAGCUGGAUUUCUCUUAAUCACAAACCAAGAGGAGAUCAACAUUGCAGAAGUCGGUUGAAUCUAGUGAACAACAAAGCAAGCUCAGGGAGAAACAAGGAAAAUUGUCCUGUGAAAUCAGUUUGUUCUUCUGAUGGACGAAAGGAUGGAAUGUUGAGGAAAGAUAUUCUGAAAGAAACAACCAACUUCGAUGUUUCUCGUGUGCCAGAGGUUGCUGGGAAAUGGAGGUGCCCACAGAAAGAUAAACCAGACACUGGACCUCCUAUGAAGCAGCUUCGACUUGAGAGAUGGGUUCAUCGAAUAUGAAAAUUAUUAUGCUGUAUGAUAUUACCAUUUCUGAACUCUGAUGAUGUACUAUGUAAUGUAUGUGAUAUCUGCAGAACUGUAAUCUAAGUGCUGAUAUAGUAAUAUGAUAUAGUUAAUUUUGCA